AUGGCGCUGGAAGAUAUCAACGAGGAGAUUAUGUCGCAGGUAGAUGACGUAGACCUGGAAACAGAGAUGCUCGAGACUGAGGACUAUAUGCUGGAAGUUCGGCUACGCAUUGGAGAUUUGGAGGCUCAACACCGCGCUGCCGUGGAGAUCACCCGUUCCCCACAGAUUACCCUUGAGAAUACCACACUUGAGGAGCCCCUAAAUUGUAACAACCAUGAGACCGCACAACCCGUGCACAGUAAUGCCGAAGGAACUUCCGGGAACCGAAAUAAUAGCACAUCGGCUAAUAACGUAAGUGACAUUUCAAUUCAGUCUGCAUCGCAGUUUCAUAAACUUCCGAAGCUUACAUUACCAAAUUUUACUGGAGACAUUUUGGAGUGGCAAACAUUUUGGGACUGUUACGAGUCAAGUAUACACAACAACAUGUCACUAUCUGAGGUGCAGAAAUUUUGCUAUCUGAAAACUCUAUUGUCCGACGAUGCUGCCAGUGUGAUUGAUGGUUUAAAUGUUACACAUGGAAACUAUAUAGAAGCUAUACAUUUACUCAAGGAACGUUUUGGUCAGACACAUAAAGUUGUAAAUGCUUACAUGCAAGGUUUGCUGGAUUUACCUAGACCAAUUUCCCAACUGUCCAGUCUAAGACCGUUUCAAGAAAAGAUGGAGACAUAUAUUCGUGGUCUACAGUCCCUAGGUCAAGGUCAUGAGUCCUUUGGAAAUUUACUCAUACCGGUCAUACUUGAAAAACUUCCGGCGGAGAUCAAGCGGAAUAUGACACGCGACCAUGGCGGGAGUGAAUGGUCACUUCCGGAACUUAGGAGAGCGUUAAAGAAGGAGAUAAAUAUAAUAGAUUCAGGCCAGCCAACACAGACUACAUAUGAACAUUUGGCAACUGCAUCUUUUCUUACCAGCACAAGACCAACACAAAAGAAGAAAAGUUUUCAGCAUAUACAAGAAGUACAAAUACCCCAACGCCCCCAAUGUCCAUUCUGCAAUGAAAAACAUUUUGCAAAUGACUGUAAAAACAUCACAAAUCCUAGAGAGAGAAAAGCCAUUAUUCAUCGCAAGAAACUGUGUUUCAACUGUUUAGGCAAACACAUUAUUGCUUCCUGUCGCUCAAAACACCGCUGUAGAAAAUGCAACCGGAAACACCAUACCAGCAUUUGCGAUCAGAGUAUCGGAAGCUCACUGAAUACAUCGGCUCCAAGUUUCGUCCCAAUUUCCGGUAGUGAAGCAACAACACAUCUUACUUCCGGUUCCAGUGCACAAUCGGUCAUUCUACAUUCUACAACACAAAGUAGAAACAACGUUUUACUGAAGACUGCCGUUGCUGAGAUUACUUCCGGUCACGCAUGUGCUAAAGCAAAUAUUUUAUUUGACGAAGGAGCGCAGCGUUCAUUUAUUACUCAUGAACUCGCCGAAACACUACAAUUACAGAGACGCGGGUCUGAAGUUGUCCAUCUGGCUGCAUUCGGGGCGGAGUCCAAGAAAGUCGGCCAUUUUGAAACCGCCACAGUUUACUUGAUAACUGACAAUUCAGAGAAAAUUGCCAUUGAUGUUCUUAAUUGUGCCGUCUAUUGCUGUGCCUUUACGUAA